UUCCCUGGUGGUCUCCCAUCUGGGCACCUCAGGACACCUGCCAAGUGUCCCUAUUUUCAAGGGACAGCCCCAUUGUGACACCUCCCUCUGCUGGCUCACUGGUCACCAGAGUGCAAAAAGGCCUGGUGAACUCCUAUGGUUGGAUCAUUUCGUGUUUCUUCCAGGAAGAAGAUAGACAUGCUGUGAAGAGCAAUUUCGCGGAUGGCGAGAAAAAAUAAAGUGUGCCCUCUCCCCGAGUCCUCCCCCCCCCCGCCCCGCUGCAGGCCCCUUUUCGAAAGGACUUCAAAGGCUCCACGUACUUCCUGGCCGCCUCAGGCAAAAGAGAAGGAAAGUCCACCUGAAGAUGAUCUGAUCAUCGAAGACCUCGAGGAGGAGCAGGCGGAGACUGGAGGAAGAAACACCAAGGAAAACAUGAAGUGGCUGAUCUGGAAGAAGAUGGCAGGAGGAAGAAAGAACAAGGAAAACAUGAAAGUGUGGCAUAUUUACAGCACAAUCCUAUGCAUGUCUACUCAGAAGCUUCGAAGAUUGCGAAGAGCCUUUUCUCGAAUGGCCAAAAAAAAUAAUAAAGUGUGCCCUCUCCCCGAGUCCUCCCCCCUGCCCCCCGCCCGCCCCUCCUGCUCCUCCUCCCGCGGACCCCUUUUCCAAAGGACCAGAAAGGCUCCGCUGGCACCUCAAGGAAAAGGAAAACAAAGUCACCCAGAAGAAGAGCUCGUCCUGGAAGACCUGGAGGAAGAGGCAUGUACAGUUGGUGAAAUAACGGAUGCAAUGAAAAAGGUGUUUGGUGAGCACAAAGCCAGUGACCGCAUGGUGAGUGGAGCUUAUGGGGGAUUACAUUCUUUUAUCCACUUUAUAAGACAAUCAUUUUUACUUAAUAAAUGUUCUUCCACAUUUUAUAAAGUCAAACAAUUACCUUAUAGCUAUUACCUCUUGGCACAUGUCUAAAAUGGGCGGGUUUUGUUUUGUUAAUGCUGGGUUUUCAACCUUACUAUGUUAGUUAUGUUUGUUAUUCAGGUUUGUUGUAUCCGUUCUGCAAAUUUGCUGUUUUUAUUAAUUGGUUAUGGGAAGUAUUGUAAACUAGGCAUUUAACAAAAUAAACUCAUUGCCUUUAAUUUAAGGCUGUUGAUGAUGAGGAGAACCUGGUAAAAUACUAGGCUGCGUUCAAAUGUCUUACCAGUAGUAUAUAAAGCCCUAAACACCUUGGGACCAGUUCACCUGCAAGGUUGCUUUAACCCAUAUCAGCCACUUCAUUCUGCAGAACUGGCAUGGUUACGGGUACCACAUAGUACUUGUUAAUAAUAAUAUCCUUCAGCGUAUCCACAUUUGGGAACUCCUUUCCUAGUGACAUCAGGCAAGCACCUCUGUUACUCUGUUUGGUAAAAACAUGCUUGUUUUGAGAGACCUACCCAAGAGAAUGGUGAUGUGUGUUUUAAUCUGUGUUUAGCGUAUUGCUGAUUUUAUUUUUUCAAUGUUUUGAAAAGGUUGUUUUUAGUACUUUUUACUGAUAAUUUUAUUGCUUUUAUGAAAUAAAUAAAGCAAGCUCAGCAUAAUUUUGCAUCUAGGAGUCACUAGAAUUUUUUUGUGUUAUUUUAAUGUAUUCCCUGUUUUUCCUUUUGUUCCUGAUUUGAUUCAAUCUCAUCAUUACCAAAUGGAAGGUAAAUGAGAGAGAGAGAUUAUAAAAUUUCCAUAUACACAUAAAACUCCAUACUACUCAUAGAAUUCAAAUGCAUAUAGAUAAAUCUUUAAAAAUGGAGGACUUUUUUGUUGUAGUCACAGCUGUCAAGAUACCCUUAAAAAUGUUACUUCAACCGUCUGCAACUU